UUGCCUUCUUUAAUGGUGCCAUUGAGACAUACCAAUACCCCAACUCACCAAAUUUAAGUUGAUAACUACACCAUCAAUGCAUCCCUAUAUCUCUACCGAAAUCAUACACGUUUUCACUCUAACUCUCACAAUACCCAAUUGCCAUGGAUUUCUAUGGGAGAAAUUCUCUUCAUGGUUUCAUGGGUGAAGAAAGCAAUCCACCCCAAUCACCUCAUCACCUUUCCAUUAGAACUCGCUUAGAUAUGUAUGACCAAGAUCUACAAUUCAGCCCCGGAAGACCUUCGAGCCCCCGAGUGAAUCCCGCCGUGCACUCGAUGUUUCCACCCGGUAGUCCCGAAUCUCCGUGGACGCUCUCCCCUCUUCAAACCCCAUCCCCGGCUCUCCUCUACCAUUGCAUCGCUUCUCUUCACCGCCAAGAAGGUAAUAUCUACUCCAUCGCGCUCUCGAAAGGGCUAGUUUUCACCGGCUCGGAUAGCAACCGUAUCAGGGCAUGGAGGCAGCCUGAUUGCACUGAACGGGGCUACAUCAAAGCGAGUUCGGGCGAAGUUCGGGCCAUUUUCGCAUACGGUAACAUGCUUUUCACCUCGCAUAGAGACUGCAAGGUCCGAAUUUGGAACUAUACGAUUUCGGAUCAUUUCAGGUUCAAGAAAAUCACAACCCUCCCUAAAAAGACCUCGUUUCUCAUGUUCCCCAAAACAAGCAGCCAACAACACAAAGAUUGUAUCUCAUGCAUGGCUUAUUACCACACCGAGGGGCUCUUAUACACCGGCUCGUACGACAGAACAGUAAAGGCAUGGCGGCUGUUAGACAAAAAAUGCGUCGACUCGUUCGUGGCUCACGAAAGCAAUGUGAACGCCAUCGUCGUCAACCAAGACGAUGGCUGCGUUUUCACUUGCUCCGCCGAUGGAUCGGUGAAGAUAUGGCGGAGGGUGUACAGAGAAAACUCCCACACUUUAACCAUGACCCUAAAAUUCCAACAAUCCCCCGUGAAUGCCUUGGCCUUAAGCACCACAUUCAACAACUGUUUCCUCUACUCGGGCUCAUCCGAUGGGACAAUCAAUUUCUGGGAGAAGGAAACAUUGUCAGGGAGGUUCAACCACAGCGGGUUCUUACAAGGCCACCGGUUUGCGGUGCUUUGUUUGGCGGCUGUGGAGAAGUUGGUGUUUAGCGGGUCGGAGGAUACGACGAUUAGGGUGUGGAGACGAGAGGAAGGGAGCUGUUUCCAUGAGUGUUUGGCGGUUUUGGAUGGUCAUCGAGGGCCGGUGAGGUGCUUGGCGGCUUGUUUGGAAGCCGAGAAAAUUGUGAUGGGGGUUUUGGUUUACAGUGCUAGCUUGGACCAAACGUUUAAAGUGUGGAGGAUCAAAGUGAUGCCCGAAGAGAAACUGUGUUUCGAUAUUGGUCCGGCAGAUCGAAGUGAUUCCAGGACAAAGACGACUAUGGAGUACGAGAUAAGCCCUGUUUUGUCCCCUUCUUGGGUCGAGAAGAAGCUCCAUGGUAAUCAUUUUCAGUAAUUUAAUGAUACUUCAUUAAUCUCUAUGUUUUAUUUUUUUUUCCUUGUUUGGUGUUUUUUUUUCCUUCGUGGUAUUGUACAAACAAAGGUUAGAGAAAAAUAUAAGGUUAAAAUAUGUAGCUAAUUUUGGUAUUUAUAUAAAUUUUGGGAUUUAAUUCUUAUA